AUGUGGGAAGAUCCUAUGAACAAACAGGGAGGACGCUGGUUGGUCAUGGUUGAUAAAGGCCGAAACAGGGAACUACUCGAUCACUACUGGCUCGAGUUAUUGAUGGCGAUCGUUGGCGAGCAGUUUGAUGAUCUUGGCGAUUACAUCUGUGGCGCGGUGUUGAACGCUCGCAACAAGGGUGAUAAAGUUUCCCUGUGGACCCGUGAUGCACUUAACGAUGAUGUGAACAGACGCAUAGGGGUUAUUAUGAAGCAGAAACUCGGAAUUAGUGAAAUUAUUCAAUAUGAAGAACAUAAGGAUACUCAGCAGAAAAGUAGCUCCAUGGUCAAGGCGAAGUUAAGACUUUAA